UUCUUUUUACAUUUUCCAGGUCCGAAAAGCAGUACCUUAAGGUCCCGUUCGACAUCGAGGAUGCCAAACAGCUGGGACGGGUUCUCGAUCGAUACAAAGACCUCUACUACCUGGAGGUUAUGUCCGGUAUUGUUCUGGUCUACAUAUUCUUACAAACGUUCGCCAUUCCCGGUUCAUUGUUCCUAUCGAUCCUGAGCGGAUUCCUGUACAACUUCCCGGUGGCCCUGACGUUGGUUUGCUUCUGCUCGGCCCUGGGAGCCACCCUGUGCUAUCUGCUCUCGCAGCUGGUCGGUCGCCGCGUGGUCAAGCACUACUUCCCCGAGAAGGCACGUGUCUGGGCCCAGCAGGUGGACAAGCACCGGGAAGAUCUCCUCAGCUAUAUGCUGUUCCUGCGGAUGACCCUGUUCCUGCCCAACUGGUUCAUCAACCUGGUGGCGCCUGUGAUCGGCGUGCCACUGUAUCCCUUCGCGCUGGGAACGUUCCUCGGGGUGGCACCGCCCUCCUUCAUAGCCAUCCAGGCGGGCAAGACCCUGUACAAGAUGACCAGCUCGAGCGAUGCAUUUAGCUGGGGCUCGGUUACGCUGCUGGCGGUGUUUUCGGUCUUUUCGCUGGUGCCGGUCGUGUUCAAGCGGUACUUCAAGUCCAAGAUCGAUUAAGCGUGCCGUCGUGGAGCCGUCGGCAAACAAGGCGCGUAGCGGCAGCGGCGCGCAGCAGCCAUUGUCGUGGGGGACGUUGUUUUACCACAAGCAAAAAAGGUUAGUCAUUAGGGUUAUUAGUGAGACGCGGAUGCGGGGAGAGGAAGAGCCAACCGCCGCCGGCCGCAAUCUGAUGAAUAGUAUAAUUUUAGCCAAAGAUGAGUAUAAGGUUGCAAAGGAAAACCCGUGUUUAUUUGCGAUAUGAAUUAGUUUUCGAUUUAGUUUGUAAGGCGAUAGCGGAUAAAGUGAUCGAAUAGACCUAUAAUUUAUCGGUGGAGAGAGGUAGAGCUCUGCAUUAGGGAAACAAUGAAUCGGUUGCACUUCUGUUUGGGAAAUACGUGAGUUAUUCAUUCACUUAAUACAUCUUUUCGGGAGAAACGUAAAACUUUCACAAUUAGAUCAACAACAUGAAUUUGUAUUGUUUAAAUGGCUUUCAUUAUUCAAAAACUAAAAGAUGCUUUUUUCGCAGUCUUGAUGACGUAGAGUAAAGUAACAAAAAUACAAAUAACCACUAGCAGCACCAGGUUCCAACAUAAUUGUCGGGUUACUUUACGUUCUGCAGAUUAUAUUUAGUUCGAUUGCAAAAUGUUCGAAAUCCUCGAAGCUUAUAUCUACACAAAGUUAUGUCUGAUAAAAAAUUGAUGCUUCCUUUGCUGUUACUGCAUUCUGAACAAAACUGUAGUUCGUCGGAUCGAUGACCCAGCUCCUGUAGUUCUGCCGUGAGAAGUAUACGCUUCCUCUCACUGGUGGAAUUUAGAGUUCGUCGCGAAUAUGCUGUGUGGGUUCGAUUCCCCAACAAAACUGAGAGCUGGAUGUCUCCGUGUAACGCACUGUCCGUUGUCUAAUGCUAAAUGUCAAGCACAAGCCCGCAGAUGGCUAUUCUCUUACAGCUGUGCAACCGAUUGUCGGAAUUUUUCAAACAUACUAAAAUCAGCCAAUGUUAUGUUAAUUGUCAGUAUCGAACGGAUCAAGCUUAUAAUGCUUGAACAUUUUACAAAUUCGGUCAUCAACUACUAGCAUUAUAAGCUCAAUUCGUUGGAAUAUAAUUUUAGAACGGUGCUAACAACUUAGCCGCUCACAUAUAACUAAAUUAAGUAUUUCAUUCUAUUCAAACCACAUGUGAGUGGCUAUCCAUUGAAAAUGGGUUACUUUCGGUUUUAGUUUAAUAAAUCUAGAUGGUAGUGUGCAUGAUUCACGUCUUACAUUACAAAUUUGUCGUACGUGAAUCGCAGAAGCCACCAAACUACGGUCAAAAGUAUUACGAAAAGAGGGUUCCGUAAAAUAUCACAGAAACCGACGCAAAAAAAUAAGGCGACCAAAUUGACUCCAAUUGGAUGAUAUUUCUCUUAAAGUUUAUCCCUCUUCUGUAAUACCAUAAUUGUGGGAGGGAUACACAUUUUAAUGUUAAAUAUAAUAUGAUGACAUACAUUAUUAAUAGCUACACACAUGAUAAAGUAUAAUAAAAAGAGCCAACCUAGCCAUGGAACCUAUACACAAAACAUAUGGGAAAUUGAUUGCACUCUGCAGGAGCUUCUAAAAACGAACUGUUUUACAGCUUAGAUGUGAUGCAAUAUGCUCGAUACAUGUACGAAUACAUAACAAUAGGAAAGAAACUAGUUAAACUGCUCUGCUGAAUAAGAAAUUUCUUAAAUACAAACAUGAUAAAUCUCUGUUUUGAACUGUAGCAACUGAUAUGGGACAUAACUAAAAGAAACAUUCAUCGCAAAAUGAAAAAUUAUGAUAGCUUUUAUCUAAUUGUCGAAAAUAAACAAAUGCAUGGAAUGAAAAAAUAAACACGAAAUGAUAGAAAAUUGAAAA